AUGGCGCCAGCGGCGGCGCGCGCGGUGCGACAAGACGUCGCGCCGGUGUUGAUGGAACUCGCGGAGCGAUUGGCGCAAGUCGAACGCGCGCAAGUCGAAGCGGCGAAGACGGCGGCGAAGACGGCGCGAGAUAGCGGCGCGGUGGCGGGUAUGCUCGCCAGGGAUGUAGCCGCCGCGCGCGUGGACGCGCGGGAGGGCAUCGCGAGCGUUCGCGAGGAGUUUCGAUCCACGGCGUCGGCGGCGACGAGCGAGCUCAAGCGAGAGUUGACCAUGCUGUGGGAACUCGUCGAGACGGUGGAGAAAGACGCGGCGGCGUUGCGAGAACCCAUGGAGGCGCUCGCGGAGGAAAUUCGUGGUGUCGUCGACGGUGCGGUUCGAGAGAUAGUCGCGAGCGCGAGCGUCGCGGACGGGUCCGCCGCGGGAGGAAGACUCACGGAGGACGAAAUGGCGGCGCUGCGCGCCGACGUCGCCGAGGCGGCGAGCGCCAAGGUUCGCGAGGCGGUCGAGCGAGCGCUCCAGUCCACUCCGAUCGCGGUCUCGGACAGCGCGGCCGCGGUGCAACUCGCGUCGACGCUGGAUGAUAGUCAGUGGAACGCCAUGAUUGGACGUCUGAGCGCCAUCGAAGCCGGUGUUAACCAAGCCAUCAUUCGCACUGGCGUGAACGACGGCGUCAUCGUGGAGGAAGACUUGGAGGACCUGCGCGUGGAGAUCACGAGGGAGAUUUCGGCGGAUAUUCGCGGGAUAGUCGAUAGUGUGGCCGAUUUGAAGAGCGCGUUCACGUCAUCUAAAGAGAAUUGGGACGUCUCUGGCUCCGGUUCUGCCGAAGCCGCAGCCGCGGUGAAGCAGUGGGCGGAGAGCAAGGUGAAAGCCGAAAUGCCGUCGAACAAAGUGGAAGAUCAGAUGAGAUGGCAAGCGGCCAUCGUACAGGAAGAAAAUUCGUCCACAGACGAGCUAGUGUGGGUCGGAGAACCUUCGCGAAGCGAGCCGACGGCGAAGACAAUGAACGCCGACGCGACGCGAGAAGAGGCUUUCGCCAACAUGCAGGCACUGCUGAACUCUAAGGCCCCCACAGGCUCAGGCACGGAGGAGCCGAAGACGCCCAGCGUCUCCGCUGGUUUGUCCGGAGAAACCGCAGAGAGACAAACGGGCGAAGAGGAAGAGGUCUGGGAUCCGUUUCUUCGCGCGGCUGAUCCAGAAAACGUUGCGAAGUACGAAGCCGAAAUGCGCGCCGCCGAAGCCGCGAACGAUGUCGCAGCAACGAGAGAUGAGCCCAAAGAUGAGUUUGAUACGUACUCUGAGCGAGGCUUGGAAUCUCUUCGCGCGGGAAGAGAUUUAGCACGCCGUGGCGGCAAGGACGUUGAUAUGCUCGAGGACGCAGAUGAGAGGUUCGCGGAAGCAAUCAAAGAUUUCGAACGCGCGGCGAGCGCAGCGGAGCCAGCCGCGGCGUCGCGCGCCGCUGGAAACUUGGGAAACGCAUAUCUCGCGCGCGGUCGCGUUCAGGCGGUUCUGGCGGACAUGGCAUUUAAGGAGGCUCAACUAGCUCGCGACAGGCGCGUGAACGCUGGUUUAGAAGGCACGGGUGAAAUGUACUUUGAACUCGCCGAAGAGAAUCUGAUUCAAGCCGGACGCCGGUUUCGAGCCGUCGUGACCGAGGAGUCGGAUUCGACCAGUGAAUCUUCGGACGAGAAAAAGAGCGGGAUCACCGCAAAGGCCAAGGCUUUGGCAGGUUGGGGAACAGCUCUGUCGCUCCGGAGUGAAUUGGUACUGAGCACGCAGGGCGCGACGGCGGACGCGGAGUCUCUCGCGAUGGCAGCAGCUGAGAAGUUCAGAGCCGCGGCUGAUAUUGAACCGGAAUCGCCGAAGAUUUACACGUCUUGGGGCGAUGCCCUGCGUUUAGGUGCUUCUCUCGGACCUGCGCGUGAUGAGGAUGAGCGUUUACAACAAGCGCGAGGCUGUUACGCCGAAGCUUUGCGGUUGGCUCCCGAGUACGCACCGGCGAUCGCCGCUCUGGACGCAAUGACAUAA